AUGUCGUCAUCAAAUAAGUAUCAUAUAACAAUUAUUGGUGCAGGUAUCAUAGGUUUAACAACUGCAUGUACUUUACUAAAAGAAUAUUCAUUAAAUGAUAAUUUUCAAUUAAUAAUUAUUAGUGAAAAAUUUUCACCUAACACUACAAGUGAUAUUUCAGCUGGUUAUUGGGAACCAUAUGAAUUUGAAUUCAUGGAUGAACGAAUACUUCGUUGGGCUAGUUAUACAUAUAAUAUUUUUCUUAGUGAAUUUUUUUCUAUAAAAGCAGCUCAAGCUGGUUUUAUGAAAAUGUCUGCAUAUACUUUACAAGGUUUUAAUGGUCAAAAUAAAGAUAAAAAUAUUUUAAAACCACAAUUUUCAACAUUAGUUCGACAUUUUCGUAUGUUAGAUGAAUAUGAAAUAGAAAUGUUUGAUCAUUUAAAACCAACAUCAGGUUAUGUUAUAUCAACAAUAGCUAUUGAAGUUCGAUAUUAUUUACGAGAAUUACGACGUUUUCUUGUACAAGAUUCUCGAGUGAAAUUUAUUAAAAAAAAAAUUCAUUCAUUCAAUGAAUUAAUGAAUAAAACAGAUGUAAUUAUUAAUUGUACUGGUCUAGGUUCAAGACAAUUAACUAAUGAUCAAACAGUUCGAUCAGCACGUGGACAAAUUAUUCGUAUUCAUGCACCAUGGAUAAAAUCAGUUUAUAAUUUUGAUACAAAUGAAGGUGAAGCAUAUAUUAUUCCACAAUCAAAUUCAAUUGUCUUAGGUGGAACAUUUCAAAUCAAUAAUUGGAAUACAUCAACAAUUGAAAGUGAUACAAAAAAAAUUCUUCGCAUGUGUUCAAAAUGUUUACCAGCAUUAAAACAAAUUCAUUAUGGUAAAGUUCAAGUAGGUUUAAGACCUUAUCGAGAUAAUGGUGUACGUCUUGAAUAUGAAAAAACAAUUGAUGGUAUUAAUAUUGUUCAUUGUUAUGGACAUUCAAAUUCAGGUAUUACUCUUUCAUGGGGUUGUGCAAAAGAUGUUGUUGAAAUAAUCAAAAAACUUUUACCAUUCGAUUCAAAACAACAUGAAGAAAUAAUAAAUAAAUUACCACUUCAUGAACAAUUAUGGCGUCUAACAGAAACUAACAAAAAUUUUUUCUUACAAUCAAAAUAUUAA